AGACAAUACAUCCAUUCGUCAGUUUUCGGGCGAGGAGGGCAGCGCAGUUUGGUAUUUUAUUGAACGGGCUGCCAAAAAGUGAAAACUGUAAAAUGGCAAAAACCCUCUCAGCUACACAGGCUAACAAGGAGCAUGUCCUUGCAGUGUCUAGGGACUUCAUAUCCCAGCCCCGUCUGACUUACAAGACGGUGUCGGGUGUGAACGGGCCGCUGGUCAUCCUCGACGAGGUGAAGUUCCCCAAGUUCUCAGAGAUCGUCCAGCUGAGGCUUGCCGAUGGAACCCUCCGAUCGGGUCAGGUGCUGGAAGUCAGCGGCUCCAAGGCCGUGGUCCAGGUGUUCGAGGGCACGUCGGGCAUCGACGCCAAGAACACACUCUGCGAGUUCACCGGAGACAUCCUGCGCACACCUGUGUCCGAGGACAUGUUGGGUCGUGUAUUCAACGGCUCCGGCAAGCCCAUCGACAAAGGCCCCCCGAUCCUGGCUGAGGACUACCUAGACAUUCAGGGUCAGCCCAUCAACCCCUGGUCCCGUAUCUACCCAGAGGAGAUGAUCCAGACUGGUAUCUCUGCUAUCGACGUGAUGAACUCCAUCGCCCGUGGGCAGAAGAUUCCCAUCUUCUCCGCCGCCGGUCUGCCGCACAACGAAAUCGCCGCCCAAAUCUGUAGACAGGCCGGUCUUGUCAAGGUCCCCGGCAAAUCAGUGCUAGACGACCACGAGGACAACUUCGCCAUCGUGUUUGCCGCUAUGGGUGUCAACAUGGAAACCGCCCGGUUCUUCAAGCAGGACUUCGAAGAGAACGGCUCUAUGGAGAACGUGUGUCUGUUCUUGAACUUGGCCAACGAUCCCACUAUUGAGAGAAUCAUCACGCCCCGUCUGGCUCUGACCGCUGCCGAGUUCUUGGCUUACCAGUGCGAGAAACACGUGCUGGUAAUCUUGACGGACAUGUCGUCGUACGCCGAGGCAUUGCGUGAGGUGUCGGCCGCUCGCGAGGAGGUGCCCGGGCGACGUGGUUUCCCAGGUUACAUGUACACGGAUUUGGCCACAAUCUACGAGCGCGCCGGGCGUGUGGAGGGCCGUAACGGCUCCAUCACUCAGAUCCCCAUCCUGACCAUGCCUAACGACGAUAUUACCCACCCUAUUCCCGAUUUGACCGGGUACAUCACUGAGGGACAGAUCUACGUGGACCGUCAGCUGCAUAACCGUCAGAUCUACCCACCAGUCAAUGUGCUGCCGUCGCUCUCGCGUCUCAUGAAGUCCGCCAUCGGAGAAGGCAUGACCCGCAAGGACCACUCCGACGUCUCCAACCAGCUGUACGCGUGCUACGCUAUCGGUAAGGACGUGCAGGCCAUGAAGGCCGUCGUGGGCGAAGAAGCCCUGACGCCCGACGACCUGCUGUACCUGGAGUUCCUCACCAAGUUCGAGAAGAACUUCAUCACGCAGGGUAACUACGAGAACCGCACAGUUUUCGAAUCGCUCGACAUCGGCUGGCAACUGCUCCGUAUCUUCCCCAAGGAGAUGCUCAAGCGUAUCCCUGCUUCCAUCCUCGCCGAGUUCUAUCCCCGAGACUCGCGCCACUAAACCACCACGCGGCCCAUGCCUUCUCAAACUUUUGGCGAGCCCCACCAUCGACCCUUGGGGUAUGCCUAACUUGUCAAGUGGCCCCACUAUCAACCCUUGGGGCAGGCCCAACUUGUCAAGUAUCCCCAGUAUCAACCCUUGGGGCAUGCCAAACUUGUCAAGUAGCCCCAGUUGACAAGUAGACCCUUGGGGUAUUCCUAACUUGUCAAGUGGCCCCACCAUCAACCCUUGGGGCAGGCCAAACUUGUCAAGUGGCCCCACUAUCAAUCCUUGGGGCAGGCCAAACUUGUCAAGUGGCCCCACUAUCAACCCUUGGGGCAGGCCACACUUGUCAAGUGGCCCCACUAUCAACCCUUGGGGCAGGCCAAACUUGUCAAGUGGCCCCACUAUCAACCCUUGGGGCAGGCCAAGGUUUAGCCCCAAAACUAUUGCCCUUUUGGCAGGAGCGUAGCUGCUGUAAUUUUUCUGUAAGUUGUCCCACUACCAACUUGGCAGCUGUAUCAAUGAUACGUGUGUAAG